AUUUGCAUAAGAACCAUACAUUAUAGAACCACUUGUUCAAAGUAGUUUGAACUUUGCAUGUCAAGAGAAAAUGAAGCUCUCUUCUUUGUUCAAAGUAGUCUCCAAAGAGAUUAUCAAACCAUCUUCACCAACACCAACCAAUCUUCACCAUUAUCGGCUUUCCUUUUUCGACCAAACAAUGCCUCCCAUGUAUAUUUCAUCUAUCUACUUCUACGAAAAGAAUGAUGCAUACUCAAAAUUCAACAUUAACAGUUCUGCCAAAUCUAGUGCACUCAAGCAAUCAUUGUCUAACAUCUUAAAGCAUUACUACCCUUUAGCUGGUCGCCUUAAAGACAACAAUCUCAGUGUAGACUGCGACGAUGAAGGCGUCUUGUAUCGCGAGGCUGAAGUCAAGUGCCAACUUUCAGAUAUUGUUGCAGAGCCAAAUCCUACAGAGAUGAAGAAAUUUCUUCCAUGUGAUAAUGAUGGCACACACCAUUUACCCUUUGCAGUUCAAGUCAACCACUUCACUUGUGGUGGUAUUGCUAUUGGCGCAUGCAUUUCCCACAAGAUUGCCGAUGGCUCAUCCUUUAUCCACUUUAUGAAAAAUUGGGCCGCCACAGCUCGAGGCGAAAGUGAUGUUAUAUAUCCACAAUUCCAAUCGUCCACUCUGUGCCCACCUGCGACUAAUUUAUCUGGAUUUGACCCAACAUAUGUUAUGCCAAAAGAGAAGCUUGUAUUAAAGAGGUUUGUGUUUAGUUCUGCUUCAGUAGAGGCUCUUAAAGCAAAAUAUGUAGAAAGUUCAGCUGGCUUAGAAUUAUACCCAAGCCGUGUUGAUGCCUUGUCAACUUUUAUAUGGAGUCGAUAUGCAACCACAAUUGAUCAAGUAAAGUCUGAGUCUGAAAAACUGCACAUAAUUCUUUAUGCAGUGAAUUUGCGGAGGAGGUUGAAUCCUCCAUUACCUGACUGCACUUUUGGAAAUUUAUUCCGACUCAUACCAGCCAUUGUGUCUAAAGAAACCAGCCAGGAAGAUUGGUAUGGAAUUGUGCGCAAGUUGAGAGAUGCAAAAAGAAAACUCGACAAUUUUGACGUGAAAAAUCUACAGAAGAGUAGUGAACAGUUGGAUCUUGUCAAAGAGUUUAGUGGAAAACUCAUGGCACCAGAUACAGUUGUCUCAACUUUCUCAGGAUUGUGUGGGUUUCCCAGAUAUGACGUUGACUUUGGGUGGGGAAAGCCUUUGUGGAUCGGUCGGGUUAGCUUGCCAUACAAGAAUCUAAUCACGUUGACAGACACCAAAUUUGGGGAUGGAAUAGAGGCGUGGAUAAACUUGAACGAGGAAGAAAUGGUCAAAUUUGAAAGAGACAAGGAGCUCCUUUCGUAUGCUAAAAUAUGAUAUUCACAUGCAGUUUGUUCAUUGGGUAGGCACCAUUAGAGCUAUAAUAAAGGAUUUUUUUUUAAUAGAAAAAUGGUAAGAAUUCAGGGGAAGCAAUUGUGACAACCCUGGCUACGUCACAACAAUAAUGUCAACUUCUGCUUGAAAGCAAAGCAAGUGAUCAUUAGUUAUUGGUGUUUAUGUUUGUAUGGCAUGUAAUGUACGUUAGUGCUUUUUACUGCUGGCAGUAUAGUCAGUUCUUGAUUCCUUUGUAUGCUGCUAGUUCUCUAAUUUCUUCAAUAAAAUUUCUUCUUGUCCACAAAAAGUAAAAAAUAAAAACAUUAUUACAUA